AUGAAGCUAUCAGCAUUGGUGGCCUUCAAGGCUGCACUGACCUUGGUGGCCAGCACGGCAGUGUCCGGGGAAAUCCUGACCACCAUUGAGCCUUGCCCCAGUGCCACAGCGCUCAGCUAUGCACCCAUCACAGUCUCUGCUCAGUACCAGCCAGUCUCUACCUGCAACCCCAUGACUGCUUGUGUCAAGGGCCAAUGUUCGACGAUCUACCCGUUCACGACCUACCCCUAUGUCUCCACCGUGGUUCCUUGCGCGUGGAACGGAACAAUCACGCAGACGACAACUGUUACCGACAUCAAACAACCUUUCCGAGCCUCUGAAUACCUUGAGACCCUGACCCAAGUUACGGCUGUUCCAUCAGCGCCUAAACAGCGUGGGAAAAUCUGGGUUGACUGGUUCCAUAAGGAGAAACAAACAAAGACGCAGACCUCUCUGUAUGAAACGGUCACUAGACGCGCAGGGGCACCGUUCAACGAGAUCGGACCUCUGGCCGUACCUGGCUAUGACGGUAGUGGGUUGUGCCACAAAUGUAUCCAGCCCGACGGACGUCGUUCGCAGCUGUUGGCUGUCGUGGAAUGCCGAUUCGGUAUUGGUCUAUCGGGCAAAGAAUAUCAGAAAUGUGUUGAGUGGUAUGAGAUGUGGAUUGAACAGCCACCCAUGUCUACGGCUGUCGAGGCCGUCUGCUCCAGCGCGGGAGAGAUCCCAAGUGCUGGCGUCUAUACGUGGACAUUCCCGCAGAUCGCACCUCCUGUCAUCACCACUACCACCAAAACCGUCACUGUGACGACCCAGGGCCGACCCUCCAUCACUUUCCAGCCUGAGGUACAUACCUUCCCAGGACAGCCGUGGAAUGCCUACGUGACCAAGUCCUUUUCGGGACCGACCACUUUCCACUUCGAAGUACACAUCACCAAGACCAUCAUCUUGAACCUGCCUUGCUUCACUCAACCUGCAGAAACCACUCGCACUGUCUCCGUUCCAUACCCGUCCGGUGUUGGUCAUGGCAAACCUGGCUGGUGGCCUAUCCCUGGAGGAGACGCAAGUUGGUUGCAGACGAAGACUGCCGGCCAAGCAUGGCAAGACUGGAACCCAACGGCCUCGAACGAGCAGCUCAACCGGUGCAGCCACUGUGUCUUCCUCUACCCACUCCACCAUCGAUGCUUCCUCCUCUAG